AGCAUCUAUUACAACAAGGAUUGUUCCUGAUGGCUGAUUACAGAAAGCGAAAAUGAGAUGAUGAACUGAAAAUACUCAGCAAUGGCAAUAUUUAGUGUAUACAUAAUAAACAAGGCUGGUGGUUUAAUUUACCAGUUUGACCAUAACAAUACCCGACCAGAAUUGGAGAAAACAUUUGCGUAUCCUCUCAAUUUAAUGUUGAAAAUUUAUGAUGAUAAGGUGGUAGUUGCAUUUGGUGAAUGUGAUGGGAUAAAAGUUGGUCAUUGUGUACUUGGUAUAAAUGGUAUUACUGCUGAAGGAAGAUAUUUGCAGGAUGGAAGAGAAAUCUUAGAAGUUUUAUCUACAGCAGAAAAUUACCCCAUUAACAUCAAAUUUGGGAGGCAAAAAUUAUCAACUAAUGAAAAAAUUAUGUUGGCUAGCAUGUUCCAUUCAUUAUUUACGAUUGGUUCCCAGCUUUCUCCAGAGCCUAGAUCUUCUGGUAUAGAGUUAUUGGAGACAGAUGUAUUUAAACUUCAUUGCCAUCAGACAAUGACAGGAAUAAAAUUUAUUGUGAUAGCAGAUCCCAGACAAACUGGUGUUGAUGUGUUUAUUAAAAGACUUUAUGAGAUUUAUGCUGACUUUGCUUUAAAAAAUCCAUUUUAUUCCUUGGAUAUGCCUAUAAGAUGUGACCUGUUUGAUACCAAUCUUCAACAAACAAUAGAACAAACUGAGAGACAAGGAAUAAAUACUGUAUAAUUUUCAUAAUAUAUCAUGCUUUUAUUGGUUUAAAUUUUGAUAGAUUAACUAUAUUUUAAUUUAAAGUUGUUUUUUUUUCUUCAAAAUGCCUUGAAAUAGGAUGAAUACUGUAUCAAACAGAGGUAGAUAUGUCGAUAACACUGUUUGUCCAUCCAUUAAGGAAAAGGCCCCAGAUAAAAACUUGUCAUCCAGUUGAAUGGAUUAAGACCAAAUAUUACAUAGCAUUUUGUCAUGAUAAGAAGUAAUAUUUUUCCUUUGUACUUAUAAUAGAUGUGUGGUAAAAGUUCAAUACUAAUAUUGCUAUCUAGAUCUUUUGACUUUAUUUUAAAAAAGUACAAACAGUGUUUAAAACUUAACUAUUUCAUAGUAUGGGAUUUGUUAAAUUAUGUUCUAGUUGAAGUGAUAAAUACAUUUAAUGAAAACAUAUCUAACUGAACCUAGAUUA